CGCGCUGUGCGUGGCCGCUCUCUCCGAGGUCCUUCACUUACCGCCGUGGCUCUGACCUUCUUGGCUGCCGACCAAUCAGGAGCGAGUAUCGACUGGCGAGUGCGCAGUUUUUGCGUCGUGUGUCGAUGGUGGUGAUUGUAGGGCGUACGGUGGUGCCGCGCCGUGCAGUGGACCCUUGCGAAUGUCGGGGCGUCGCGUUUGUUGACGGGCGCGGUCAGUGCGGGAUGCAGCGGUGCGCCGCGCCACGGGAUGCGAUGCCGUGCCGAGCCCUGACUGAGCGUGAGGUGUCAGCAUGACGCGGCCCGCCCUCUGGUACUUUUGGCUGGCAACUCUGUGGCUGCCCCAGCCAUUAUCGGCGGAUGGGCCCGAGCUGUGCGUGGUGGGCCGGCUAGCUUCGUCCGACAUCUCGGCGCUGCACUACCAGCGCGCGCCAUCGCGGGGCUGCUUCAGCCGGCGCGUCACGCCGGCCGGACACGAGGUGCACGUCAUCCGGCUGGCCACCAGACAGGCUGGCCGACAGGGGCGGUCUCGUGUGGCGCUGACCGUGCGGCCGCCCACCGACGGCAGCUCCUACAGCCGGCACAUCAUCGUGGUGCUGGACGCCUCCUCCGCGGUCGACUGGUUUGUAGAAGGCCGCAACGGAUUUCAAAAUGGCACUUCUUUCCAAGUGAUUGUCACCAAGCGGUGCCGCGUGCUGCGCUGUGACCUGGCGUCAUGCGAGGUGCAGUCGGAGCGCGUGCGCGGCCGGGACGCACUGCUCCAGUUCGUGAUGGAGCGGCUCUGGGCCGUCACCUCGUACACGGAGGUGUCGGCCGCCGACACCAUCCGGCUGACCGUGGGAAUCGACCUGAGCGCGCCGGACACAUGUGACACUACGACCAGCACGCUGCGAGCAAACGCGGGCCUGGUGCCCCGCCGUGCCCGGGCCGUGACGCUCGACGGUUGCUACCACCGUCAUCUGGCCCGGCUCGGGCAAAGGGACGUGUACGUUGUGGAAGUGGUGGAGGAGAGCAGCGACUUCCGCAACAGCAAGAUCACCAUCAGCCUUUUACCAUACGUUAACAGGAGGUUGGCGUCCGGUAACCUGACCUUGAUUCUGAAGGCUGCCGUGCCAGUUACGUGGCAGCUGACGGCUGACGGCUUCACUGGUAAUGUGCUGGUCCUGGCAGACAGCCCUGUGGGGAGUGGCGCUCUCGCGGCGAGCGUAUCUCUGGAGGUGGAGCGAGUUCAGCUGCCCGAGUCGUUCAGCGAGCUGCUCAUCCUGGCCGUGGGCUACUCGAGCGGGCCACCAGUGGCGUACAUCCGAUCGCCAGCCAUCAGUCGGCUGGACCUCCGACUGGGUGGCGCCCCAGAUGAAGCAGUGAGCGAGGUGCAGCCGGCCAGUGACGCUUGGGGUUCGAGACAGCAUCAGCCACCAGAGCUUUUUCCGACCCAGCAACAGACGGCCGACGGCGCAGUGUCGGCGUCUGGUGCCCUGCGGCGGGCCAUCUCGGUGAGCUGUUCGGCCGGCCAGCUGGUGGUGGCCGUGCCGGCGGCGGCCGCCGACGCCGUCUCCGUGUCGGCCCUGCACCUAGCUGACUGGAGCUGCCGCUCGACCCGCAACGGCUCGCACCUGGUGGUCAGCCGGCCGCUGACCGGCUGCGGCACGCAGCGGCGUCUCGGCCGCCGCCGCCGCGUCUACGCCAACACGGUGCACUUUGUGACGGCGGAGGUCCCCACUGAUGACGAGGACUUCGAGGGCUCGGGCUUCGGGAUGACGGAGGACACGGUGGGCACGGCGGCGGCUCGGUGGGAGCGGCCCGGCGGCGGCUCGGUGCCCGUCAGCUGUGCCGCGCCCGAGCACGAGGCCGAGCCCGGCAGCCAGAGACAGGACGCCACAUUGGACAUCAGCAAAGUGGAGGCGUCGGUCUACAGCCUCGAGCUCUCGACUGACGAUCACUUCAGCAACGCCAUCAAGCCCAACACGCUUGUACCUAUUUCGCACAGCAUAUUUGUGCGAUUUACGGUGUACAUGGCCGCCUACCUGCAGCCGGUGGUGGAGCGGUGCUGGGCGAGCGGCGCGGCCACCCCGGCCCCGCUGACCCUGCUGACGGCCGGUUGUCCGGCGAUACACACGGUCUCGCUGCCCGGGCCUGGCCCAACCGGCGCCGCCCAGUUCAGCUUCCAGGUGACGCCAGAGCUGGCCCGGCUGGGGCGGUACUACGUGCACUGUAGCGUCGGGGUGUGCGCCGCCGCUGACUCCCCGGCCCGACACCAUAUUGCGCAGUGUGCGGACGCGUCCGGACCACUGUGCGCCGACGGGCCGGCUGACGCUGACGUCCGGCUCGCCUCCGGACUGCAGGUCAUCACGCGCGGCCCGCUGCUCUCGACGUUCGCCGACGAGCUGUCCAGCGGGCCGGGCCGGCGCCGUCCUGUCCUGCAAGUGGGCGUGUCGCACGAGAUGGUGGUCGCCAUUGGCGCGUGCGCCUUCCUGUUUGGAGUGGCGCUCACUGGAGGUGUCUGGCUCAUCCACUCCAAGAUCG